GCGGGCUGCCGGCGCCCCGGCACACACACACCGAGCGCUGGAGGCUCCGGCGCGCCGCCUGCCAACCCCGGAUCUACCGCCGUGCGUUUUUUUGGCCCCCGUUUUUUUUUUUUUUCUUUCUUUCUUCCCUCCUCUUUCCCCAUCACCCGUUUUCCUCAGUCUUGGAAAAUCCUCCGUGGGAAUUUGGGAUUUUUUUUUUUUCCUAGGGGGGUGUCAGGGCAUCUUCCCCCCCCGCCGCCUCGCUCCACCUGCCCUUGCUCGUUUUCUCUUCUUUUCCCCCGUCUGCCUCGCCACCAAACCCGGGCUGAUGUGCUGUGCGAGAGGCUGGAAAUGGAAGUGUUGAUGCUCUGGCUUUUCCCCUGGAUAUUUCAGUGCGUUUCGGUGCGGGCGGACUCCAUCAUCCACAUCGGUGCCAUUUUUGAAGGCAAUGCUGCCAAGGACGACGAGGUGUUCAAGCAGGCGGUGUCGGAUCUGAACCUCAAUGACGACAUCCUCCAGAGCGAGAAGAUCACCUACUCCAUCAAGCUCAUCGAGGCCAACAACCCCUUCCAUGCGGUGCAGGAAGCCUGUGACCUGAUGACCCUAGGGAUCUUAGCCUUAGUGACGUCCACUGGCUGUGCCUCGGCCAACGCCCUGCAGUCCCUGACGGAUGCCAUGCACAUCCCACACCUCUUUGUGCAGCGCAACACGGGAGGCUCCCCACGCACGGCCUGCCACCUGAACCCCAGCCUGGAGGAGGAGGAGUACACACUGGCUGCCCGACCACCAGUCCGCCUCAAUGACGUUAUGCUGAAACUGGUCACCGAGCUGCGAUGGCAGAAAUUCAUAGUCUUUUAUGACAGUGAUUACGAUAUACGCGGUCUGCAGGGAUUUCUCGAUCAGGCCUCCAGACUGGGACUUGAUGUGUCAUUACAAAAAGUGGACAGAAACAUCAGCAGAGUCUUUGCCAACCUUUUCACUACCAUGAAAACAGAAGAGCUGAACCGCUAUCGAGACACAUUGCGAAGGGCUAUCUUACUCCUAAGCCCACGGGGAGCCCAGACUUUUAUUAAUGAGGCUGUGGAAACCAACCUUGCAUCAAAGGAUAGUCACUGGGUCUAUGUAAAUGAGAAACCUAUUGAGACCAUCUUGGUGCUUCUCUGUGAGGAACUACCUCCACAAUAUGAAAUCACCGAUAAUGAAAUAUUAGAGUUGGUACAUAGUGCUCUGGGGAGGAUGACAGUUAUCCGGCAAAUUUUCCCGCUCUCAAGAGACAACAAUCAGAGGUGCAUGAGGAACAAUCACCGAAUAUCAUCACUGCUGUGCGAUCCACAAGAAGGCUAUCUUCAAAUGCUGCAGGUUUCCAACCUGUACCUGUAUGACAGUGUGCUCAUGCUAGCCAAUGCUUUCCACAGAAAACUGGAGGACAGGAAAUGGCACAGCAUGGCAAGUUUGAAUUGCAUGAGGAAAUCCACCAAACCUUGGAAUGGAGGACGAUCCAUGCUAGAGACAAUUAAGAAGGGCCAUAUAACUGGGCUUACUGGUGUUAUGGAGUUUAGAGAAGAUGGCGCCAACCCCUAUGUUCAGUUUGAAAUACUGGGCACUAGCUACAGUGAAACAUUUGGCAAAGAUGUCCGGAGGUUGGCCACGUGGGACUCUGAGAAAGGACUGAAUGGUAGCCUGCAAGAACGACGUCUGGGCAGUGACUUACAAGGAUUGACACUCAAAGUGGUGACUGUCUUGGAAGAACCUUUUGUGAUGGUGGCAGAGAACAUACUUGGGCAACCAAAACGUUAUAAAGGAUUUUCCAUUGAUGUCCUGGAUGCACUUGCCAAGAAUCUGGGUUUCAAAUAUGAGAUAUAUCAAGCUCCUGAUGGUAAAUAUGGACAUCAGCUCCAAAACAGCUCCUGGAAUGGCAUGAUUGGAGAACUUAUUAACAAGAGAGCAGACCUAGCAAUCUCAGCCAUCACUAUAACACCUGAAAGAGAGAGUGUUGUGGAUUUCAGCAAGCGGUACAUGGACUAUUCGGUGGGGAUCCUGAUCAAGAAGCCCGAAGAGAAAAUCAACAUCUUCUCUCUCUUUGCUCCUUUUGACUUUGCGGUGUGGGCUUGUAUUGCUGCAGCCAUCCCUAUAGUUGGUGUCUUAAUAUUUGUCUUGAACCGGAUCCAGGCAGUCAGGGCACAGAACGCUUCCCAGCCGAGCCCUUCUGCUUCCUCCACCCUGCACAGUGCCAUCUGGGUUGUGUACGGCGCCUUUGUUCAGCAAGGGGGUGAAUCUACUGUCAAUUCUGUGGCUAUGCGCAUUGUAAUGGGAAGUUGGUGGCUCUUCACCCUUAUCGUUUGCUCAUCCUACACAGCAAACUUAGCAGCAUUUCUCACAGUAUCAAGGAUGGAUAAUCCUAUAAGAACAUUUCAGGAUUUGUCCAAACAAAUGGAUAUAUCUUACGGUACAGUCAGGGAUUCAGCAGUGUAUGAAUACUUUAAAGCAAAAGGGACAAACCCUCUGGAGCAGGAUAACACAUUUGCUGAACUGUGGAGGACAAUCAGUAAGAAUAAUGGGGCAGAUAAUUGUGUAUCGAACCCUUCUGAAGGCAUCAGAAAGGCAAAGAAAGGAAACUAUGCUUUCCUGUGGGAUGUGACAGUGGUGGAAUAUGCUGCACUGACAGAUGAUGAAUGCUCUGUGACAGUCAUUGGAAACAGCAUCAGCAGCAAAGGAUACGGAAUUGCACUCCAGCAUGGAAGCCCCUACAGAGAUCUUUUCUCCCAGAGGAUCUUGGAGUUGCAAGAAAGCGGAGAUCUGGAUGUUCUUAAACAGAAAUGGUGGCCACGUAUGGGGCGUUGUGACCUGAAUAGCCACACCAACGCACAGACAGAUGGGAAGGCACUCAAGCUGCACAGUUUUGCAGGCGUUUUCUGCAUUUUAGCAAUAGGCCUUCUUCUUGCCUGCUUGGUGGCAGCACUGGAGUUGUGGUGGAACAGCAACCGUUGUCAUCAAGAAACUCCGAAAGAGAGCAGAUACAGCAUGGGCAGCAGCAGUGCAAACUUCCCCACAUUGCCUCACCAAUGUGCCUCAACCCUGACCUGGAGAGACCACCUUUAGGGCUCUGUAGUAUAGUGGGAGGUGUAGCAAAAUUCCUCUGAAGAUUACCACAAGUAUAUUGCCAGCGUUCAGGAUGAAUGAAAGAAAGACUUUAUCUCUUUCCAUGGCAGCCUUACAUGAUCUGCCUUAAAUUCCCCUGCCCCCAUGUUUGAUGAUAUGCAAAUUCCAGCCUACCUCAAAAAUCCGUACUUCCAGCUUUAGCAGUCAUCAAUGUUAUUCACUAGGACUUUCCUCUGGCAUUAGAAGAAUAUGAAACCCAGUGUACCUCAGAAAUGGAAAUAUGAGCUAACAGAUAUGAGUCCAAUGGAUCAAAAUUUGUCACAGCUAAGAAUUGUGAUCUGCACCAUAUUCUCCUACUAUUACUCCAUGGCAAUUGAGGCUUCCAUACCUUCAGCAUGGUGUCAGCAAUGUUGGUUUUGAUUAUUAAAGUCUUAUGCCUUCACCACUGUUUUCACUAUCCUUGUCUUUCUCUUUGUCACUUCAUUUACACUGUCUCCUUUGUUAUCUUUUUAUCUGACAAUUUGAUUUCCCCUGGGAUGGUUCCUUUUGCGAGUGAAAGGAAACAUGAGAUCAUCAAGCUGAUGUUUUAUUUUCCAUUCAUUGCAUGUCUUCUAUAUUUUAUCUUUUCUUUUUUUUUAAAUUAUUUUUUCUGUAUUUUUAUGACGUCUGAAAUCUUUGUACAUUUUUUGCUCAGUUGCAUAUAAGUGAUCAUUUGUUUGUACCACUGUAUUGUAUUCUACUUUUCUAAGA